AUGCCGCAUUGUCUGUAUCUACAGUCAACACAGAGAGCCGCGGCGUGGGGAUUAAGCAGAGAGGAUGAAUUAUUAAAAGCUGUGCGAAAUAGCGAAUCAUUACGCUUGACAUUUACUUUGCAUUUGACGGAGAGUACAUCCGUCGAGUGGGAAACAGUCGUAUGGCGUCGUUGUCUCUACAUUCGCGUGCCAAGCUGCCUUUUACCAGAAGGUUCAAAAGAAGGUUUCGUGUCUCUCCUGGAAUACGCCGAAGAAACAUUGCGAUGUAAAAAUAUCAUCAUUUGUCUGCGUAAAGACAGAACGGAUCGAGCAAUGCUGGUUCGUACCUUCAUGUUUUUGGGCUUCAGUGUUCUACCGCCGACUCACUCCUUGGUACCACCAGGCAGUGAUGCUGGCAAUCUCUACAUGCUCUAUGUCAUCGAGUAAUCAACCAGAAGCUCGACUUCUCUUUCAAAUUUAACGCACAGGGGCAAACGCACGAAUGGAAAAUUCUUCAAUCAUCGGCAUGAAAAAAAAAAAUUACAAUCCGAGGGCCCUGAACAAUAGAUAAAGUUAUCUUUUUCUUUCUAAUUUCUUUGUUGGUCUACGUUAUAUUUAUAUUACUAAGAAAAAUCAUAAAUUUAAAUGUUAUAUAUAUUGAAACUCAAAAGUUUGAUCUUCAGCUUGCUAUGAUCGUAAAAUAAAUUAUUAUAUUAAAAGUUGACAAAUUUGGAAGAUGUAAAGUAUGUAAAAUAUCUCAGAAGUAACAUUUUCAGUACUAUAAACCUUGGCGUUAAAUUUAAGGGAAAUAUCUAUAUGUAUACGUACGUGCAUAUAUAUAUAUAUAUAUAAAGAGAAAUGGAGAAAAUGAGUGUGUGUGAGAGAGAAAAAGAGACACUUGAAGAUAUACGGAGAGAUACGAAAAAAUAAAGAGCAAACCGAAACUGAUAGUCGGGUAUAUGUAGAUCGCCAACAUAACAGGCUGUGGGCGGAAAUGUCGAUUCAUUCUCUUGAAUACAGUGUUAAGAGCAUGUAAACAGCUGACGAUGCUCCCCACGUAAAAAAUUUGACGGUAUCAAGGUUUAAAAAUUAUAAAAACCUAUGAAACGUCAAAUUAUACAAGAAAUUUACUACUAAUAAAUCUCAAUGUUAAUUGUAUCAAUUUGGGUUUUACCGCGGUUUAUUCUGUAUUAUUAUACAUCUUUUUAAUCAUUUUAUAAGUAUUAUUAUAUACACAUUCUACAUACAAAUAUUAUACACGUAUUAUAAUGAUGCGAUCAGUGUUUACUUGUUUUAAAUAAUUACUUUUUGUUCAACUUGUAUUUUUUACUCGAUGUAUACAAUCCAUUACAUUUUUAAUAAAGAUUAGUUAAAGCAUCAACUUGUGAUACGAUUCAUGAAACUUUAAUAUCAUUAUUAAUAAAAUCCGCAAACAUUUACGUACAUACUUAAAGAAUCAAUUAUACACUGGUAGCAGUCGUUAUAAACUGUAACUGUCGAUAUUUUUUUAGUUUAUUAUGUUUAGACACAAGUAAUGUCUAAUGAUAAUUAUGAUUAUAAUUAUAAUCUUUCAUAUUAAAGGAACGGUCCAGAUCAAUUAACAUUGCAGAGUUUGUUUUAGUAAAUGCGUUCUUUAGUGUUGACUGGAUGACAGUUAAAUGACAAAAAAAAAAAGUGUUAAUAGCUUGCUAGGAAUAUAGAUAAGUACAGAAUAAUGAAUUAUUAUAUGUUAACGCAAAUAGUUUUCAAUUCACCUCGGUCUUUUCAAUUGAGAAUAAAACUCUCCGCGUUCUAUUAACUAGUAUUGUAUACUGUAUUGAUACAGUUGAAAUGUAUGCUACAUUUAUUAUUGUGAAAUUACCGAAAACACUCUUGCUAAAUAAAACUUUAGAAAAAUA